AUGAAUCCUUUUGGGGAAGAGAACCACCAAACGAUUGUUCAUCUAAGAGAGUUAGUUCACACUUUCUAUUCAAAUAACAAUCCAACAAUACGUAAAGAAGUAGAACAUCAACUAACACAAUACUUAGAAAGUGAUAGUGCAGGGAAACUACUUCAACAUGCAGUUCAACUAGGAGACCAAGAGCUUCUCUUUUUUUCAUUAAAUGCCUUUUAUAAUUUUAUUAAAAGAAGGAGAUUUUCAACUGAAAUAAUUCAACAACUGUUGCAACAUAUUAUGGCUCUUCACCAACAGUCAAACCAAUUACCUAUAUUCUUAUUAAAUAAAAUGAACUCUGUAAUUAGUUAUACUAUUGCAAUGUACAUAUUACAAACAAAAUGCAAUCCAAUGAUAGUGUUACAAUCCUAUUCAUCAUUAGAUUUACAAAUUCAAUUAUUACAUGGGAUAUAUGAAACUAUUGAUAUAUUACCAUAUGACCUUUCAGUUCAAUUACAAAAACUGAUAACUUCGUUUCAAAAAGAAAUUAUGACAACGUUUAUACAAACAAAUAACCUUUCAUCUAUUUUAAUUUUAUCUGAUGCUGUUCAGUAUUCAUCUACAUUUCCAAAAGAAUUACUUUCAUCUUUAUUACAGAUAGUUUAUUUGUCAUUAAAAAAUUCUACUUAUGUUGACUAUUCAUUAGACUUAUUUUCAAACUUAUUUAUACGAGCUUCAGAAUUAAUUGAACAACCUUUUCUUCAAAUGACAACUCAAGUCAUUCAAUUAAUUAUUCUUUUACAAACACCAAACGCAUUGCAAACUUUGAUUAAUUUUUCAAUUGCAUUUUAUGACGCACCAAUCCUCAUUGAUAUCAUCCCAGUAUUAUUACAGUAUUGUUCUACUUCAUUAGAAAAUUGUGUUGAUGUGAUGGAGUUCUUUGAAGAGAUGUACACUUUAUAUGAUGACACUCCUGAGCUUGAGAGUUCUCUCCAGAAAUUCUCAAUAGAAUAUUUAAAAAUAUUAAUACCAUUAUGUUGUGUACAUUCUUUUGAUGAUGAGUCUAUUGUUACACGCUCUAAACUACGAGCAGGAUUAAAUUGUAUAUCAGAAAUCUCCAAUUCCUUAUAUUUUGACUGUUUAAAGUCAUUCUUAAUUCAAAACCAGUCAAACCAAAUGGUUGUUGAGUCAAUUUGUUUCUUAUGGGAAGCCGUAGAUAAAUUACCUCAAGAACUAGCUUCAGUACAUAUUCAUCGCCCGAAUUGA